UCUGUAGUUGAGAGUCACUUCAACUCUGCUCACCCUCUGGUUAAUUUCUUUCAAAGUCCCCAGCUCACCUUUGAAUAUAUUUCUAACAUGCCACCCAAGAAGAUCGAACCAAAGAAACCUGAGCCCAAGAAGCCAGAACCAAAGAAAGAUGCAGCUCCAGCUUCUAAACCAGCUCCACCUCCAGAGCCACAACCUGAACCACCCAAGGAGCCUGACUUUGAUCCAAAAAGUGUUGCUAUUGAGUUCUCGGCUGAUCAGAUCGAGGAGUUCAAGGAGGCUUUUACCCUGUUUGACCGCACACCAACUGGAGAAAUGAAGAUCACAUACGCUCAAUGUGGGGAUGUGAUGCGUGCUCUCGGCCAGAACCCAACUAACUCAGAUGUACUAAAAGUCCUUGGAAAGCCACGGCCGGAAGACAUGAACAUUAAGAUGCUGGACUUUGAGACUUUCCUGCCAAUGCUUCAACACAUCUCCCGUGCAAAAGAUCAAGGCAACUUUGAGGAUUUUGUGGAAGGGCUUAGGGUUUUUGACAAAGAGGGCAAUGGCACCAUUAUGGGAGCAGAGCUUCGUCAUGUGCUGGCAACACUUGGAGAAAGAAUGACAGAAGAUGAAGUUGACAGACUGAUGGCUGGACAGGAGGAUGCCAAUGGGUGUAUCAACUACACUUCCUUUGUAAAGCAUAUCCUCUCCGGUUAACAAGGACAUUCAACAGAAAAGAAAAACUUAAAACUUUGUCAUUUAUUGGAUCAGUGUCUAAUUUGUGAUGAUGUUAAUCUGAAAGUAUUACAAAUAUGAUGGUGUUAAACUAAGAAAUGGAUUUUAAGGAAAAGUUGAUUCUAUGAAGUAUGAGUCGUUCUUCUGAAUAAACUUAAAAUGUAUCACUUAAAACAUCAGUGAUUUUCCUUUGGAAAUGAAAAUACAUUGGUUAAUAAAACAACAAAAAAACAUGAUU